GAGAGCGAGCGAGCGAGGGUGAGCGCGUAGGUUGUGCUGUCCUCAAAGGGAAAAAAAAGUCGCGCCAAUCCACUUACUUGGUCCUUCCCUUCGUUUUCGAUUUUUUUUUUACAAGAGAUAACCACUCCGUUCCUCUACUUUUUUUAAAAACUUUAUCGUCACCCUUCCCACUUCCCAACCCCACACCCCCUUUCCCUCUCCAAACGGUGUUUUAUUUCCUCCCCUAACCCCCACGAGUGUCGUCAACCGUCGGGCUGGAGGGUAACGGGAUGCAGAACCACAGCGGCGUGAUCCGGGGCCCGGCGGGCAACAACGACUGUCGGAUCUACGUGGGCAACCUGCCGCCCGACAUCCGCACCAAGGACAUCGAGGACGUCUUCUACAAGUACGGUAGCAUCAGGGACAUCGACCUGAAGAACCGCCGCGGCGGUCCGCCGUUCGCCUUCGUCGAGUUCGAAGAUCCGAGGGAUGCCGAGGAUGCUGUGUACGGUCGAGAUGGUUAUGAUUACGAUGGUUAUCGCUUGCGUGUUGAAUUUCCACGGAGUGGUCGGGGGACUGGAAGAGGGGGUGGCGGUGGGGGAGGUGGUGGGCAGACCCCUCGAGGAAGAUAUGGCCCUCCUUCCCGACGCUCUGAGUACAGAGUGGUAGUUUCAGGGCUUCCUCCAAGUGGUAGCUGGCAGGAUUUGAAAGAUCACAUGCGGGAAGCAGGUGAUGUAUGUUACGCUGAUGUUUUCCGUGAUGGAACUGGUGUCGUGGAGUUUGUUCGCAAAGAAGAUAUGACCUAUGCAGUGCGAAAACUGGAUAACACAAAAUUUCGAUCUCAUGAGGGAGAAACAGCAUAUAUUCGUGUGAAAGUUGAUGGUCCAAGAAGUCCAAGCUAUGGAAGAUCUCGUUCACGUAGCGCAGUCGAACCAGAAGCCGUAGCCGAAGUCGCAGCAGAAGCCGUAGUUACUCUCCCAGACGAAGCAGAGGAUCUCCCCGCUACUCGCCCCGUCAUAGCAGAUCACGCUCGCGUAGCUAGAUUACAUAUCACAACUGAGGAUGGAUUAAGCAUUCUUUGGAUUAAAGGAUUGUGGAGCUCAUUUCAGUCAUAUUAGGAAUGUCAAAUCGUGUCUAAUUGGAGGAGGAGGAGGAAUCUUGAUCAUUUAUGGAGGCAAUGGUAUGACUCCAAGUGCUAUUGUCACAAUUAAACUUGGCAGUAUUGAAGUUGUGCUUCUUCUGUACAAAUGGUUGUAUAAUCCAUGAGCUAUGGUGUUGCUGUGCCGGGUUACGAAGUUCUGUGCGGCAUCAAUACUGCUGAGCUUGCAUGUUCUGUGUGACUAGUCUGGCAUUGGUUUUCACCAUUUUGAACAGAAGUCCUAUUGAUUACAACUUUAAAAUUGAAAGAAUUAAAAAGUAAAAUGGCUGUCUUUCAGCACAGUUUCAUUACGGAUCAAAAAUUCAUCAAUCUCUAGUUUGUAACGCAGUUAAGUGGUGAAUUACAUGUACAGUACAACUCAAUUACUAGAUUUCACAUGGUAAUUAGAAAUGAAGGUGUCAAUGAAAGUAAAUACUGCACCAGUAAAUUUUGUGCUAACUGACGUGCGUGUGUAGUAAUGCUAUCAGGCUUGAAUUGAUAUCCACUAGUCCAACAUCUUUCAUGUACAUCCUAAAUAAACUAAGCAGUAUCUAUGGACAUACUUUAAUGUAGUUAAGUAUGCUGAAUGUAUGGCAUCUAUUAUGUGGACUAUGAUGUUGGGUUAGUGAAUACUUAACUACAAUAUUAAGUUGUCAUUUUUAAUGGUAUUGUGGAAUAAAGUUUCUUGUUUAAAAUAUGUAACAACGUUCACAUUGACUGACUGUGGGGGUGUGGAUGCAGUUUAUGCUGUUCAUCUGUCAAAGCAUCUGUACAUAUUGGCCAGAUGAGAGCUAUAACUGUCCCACCCCAUAUAAACUUGUUGUUUGUUGUAUCUAACGUUUGCCUCCUUUUUUGGUUUUGCUGGUUAUUAAAGGUUUGGAUUGGAGAGGGCUCAUUGGAUCCCAAUCCUUGGAGCUGGAUCUAUGGAUUCAAUUCAUUGUGAGGAUAGGAUAGGGAGGAUCAUAACAUGGAUUCAUGGAGCGGGAUCAUUUUACCAGGAGCUGUAGGAGUGGAUUCCUGCCCCAGUCAAACCGUGUAUUUGUGGAUUUUUUUUGUUUGUUUUUUGUGUUUUGUUUUUUGUUUUUCACCCCCACCCACCCCCAAAACCCCAAUCCCAUACCCACAAUUGGUUAUGCCAAAAAAAACUUGCCUUUCAUUUUUGUCAGUUGGAGCCCAAUGGAUACCCCGUGGGAAUGGCUUUUUUUUUGUUUUUGACUUUUUUCGUAAACGGAGUGAACCAGGACCGAGAGAGGUACGCUGGAGCAAUCUCCUUGGAUGGAUUCGGCAUUCAGGAUUUGGUAACAAUUUAAGCAGGGUGAUAUCUUAACUUUUUGUAACUAUGAUUAAGGGGUAUUUUGUUAAAAAUUAAGUCUGAAUUGGCUGUGCAUACUAAAAUUAAGGGAAUAGAUAAAAUUGAUUAAUUUUUGGCCCAAAGCAUUACUUCUAUUCAUAGCUUAAAUGUUUAAUCUCCAUUUUUGACAAUAAAUUCUUUUUAAUUGUGUGUUUGAGUUUGUGAUUUUGUGAACAGUUGGCUUUUAUUUUGUGUAAUUUUGAGGAAUCUUAAGUAAUCCUAAAACUGUUCACAACAAAAUGCUGUAUAAUGUGCAUUUUAUAUACUCCCGUUCGUUCACAAGUUGCAGUGCCACGUUGCUUAUGCACGUCCUGAUUUUUUUUAAGCUGAUGAGCAAGGUUUCCCUUAUGUAAUUAGUGUGGCAAUCUUUAAGUUUGCAUUGCCAGCAUCUGCCAGAGGCUUCCCGAUUUGAGUGAGAAUCUAACAUAAACCCAAAUUAUCCAGAUGGUUAGAUUAUUUAGAUUUAGGUAUAAUCCUACAAGUAAACUUUACCCAACUAGCCAAAAAAACCUACUUUUUCACAUAUAGUAGGACAUGACUCAAAUUUCCCAAUUUUGUCUUUCACAUACAGAUCGGUUUAUCAAAUUCCCAAAACAAAAAGUUAGUGACAGUUUUAGGAUUUAUUUGGAUUUUUUUAAGCUUUGUGCUCCAAAAGUGGGUAUAAUUUAACAAGGAAUCUGCAUGUUGCCACUAGUUGCUCCUAAAGCACCCACUUAGUGUAGAGACAUCUUGUGGAUAGCACCAUUUGAUAUAUUUUGUAUGUUUGACAGUGCAGACAUUUGUUUUGUCCAACACUCCCUAAGACAGUAGUUAACACGUAACCUGAUGAGUGUAAUGACUAAAGUGAGACAAAGAAUGUUGUGAAUUUUAAUAAAGGAUCAACAAAGCC